AUGUCCAACGGACUCCAUUUGCAGCCUGCAGGACGCUGUAGGUUGGAUGGCGGGUUGGGCCCUGCGACGGGCGUGUCGGUAGACUGCUCUAGGGUUUAUGGACCGGGGGGCGCGCAACCAGACCACCUCCACGUGGUGCGCCCUGGGCUGUCUGCUUCGCGGCAGACAGGCGAAGAGUCUGGUGUCUUUUUGUUAUUUAUUUAUGCACAGCUACUCAUCAACACUCUACUGUCCAUUAUGGGAGUCAAAAUGGAAAUAGAAAAAAGAUCUUUCUGGCAUCGUCAUGUUUAUAUGGCAAUAGUGACUUCAUAG